AUGACGAAGAAACGCAGAAGAUAUCCGGAUUUGAACCAGAAGCUCGAGCGACCAUGGUGUUACUACUGCGAGCGCGACUUCGACGACCUGAAGAUUCUCAUCUCUCACCAAAAGGCCAAACAUUUCAAAUGCGACCGCUGUGGAAGACGGUUAAAUACUGCCGGAGGUCUCUCCGUGCAUAUGAACCAGGUCCACAAGGAGACGCUCACUCACGUUGAAAAUGCCAAUCCCGGCCGUCAAGGUCUCGAGCUGGAGAUCUUCGGUAUGGAAGGUGUCCCCGCCGAGAUAAUAGACCAGCACAACCAGCAAGUCACACAAGCACAUUUCGCCGAGGAGCAAGAGCGCGCACGAAUUACCGGUAAUCCCAUGCGUGGAGCGUACGUCAAUGGCCAAGCUGCACCGAACAAGAGGCCGAAGAUCAACGAGAGUCUGGAGGAGAUUGAGAAGAGGGCGGCCCAGUUCAGAGAAGAUCGAAAGAACGGCGUUCUACCCGCGCCUGUGGAGCCAGUACAGACUGCUACACCACCAGUUGCGCAAACACCGUACGGCGUACCACCCCCUGGCGCUCCCGUGGCCUUCCCACCCGGCGCGCCCGCAUACCCUCCUCAAGGCGUCCCGCAACCUUUCUCGCCCGCCAACGGUGGCAUGCCUCCACGGCCUGGCAGUAUACCCGGUCAACCUGGCGCGUUACCUCCUCGACCUGGUUUCGGCGCUCCACUACCUGGUGCAUACCCGUCUGGUCAGAACGGCGACAUAUCCAACUCUGUCGACGAUUUGAUCAACGAAGUGACCAAAGAAGCCGCGCCAAAAGAAGAGAAGAAGAGCAAAAAGGACAAGAACCAGCGCCUCAUCUUUUUCGCCGAGACAACGAGUCCCGAGGAGAAGAUGGCAGCGCUGCCGAGGUUUGCGGAUUUCAUGCGGACGUGA